AUGAAAACACUAGUUUUAACCCUUCUAACACUUGUUCUCCUCUUUCAGUACUCUCUUACUGAAAGUACAACACAUGCUCCUCAUCAACAUCAACACAAACACAAAAACAAAGAAGAAGAAUUGCGAGUUCAGAGAAGAGGGAGAGGAAGAAGAAGCUCAAGGUGCGACCCAUUUUACCAAUAUCUAUAUGGAAAAUGUGGACAAUGGCCAUUCCCAACUUUUCCUUGGAUAAUUCCACCUCCCUUUCAUUACUUUCCUCACCCUCCACCAUUAGUUCCAUCACCGCCUUUGAUAAUCCCACCGCCAAUGCCGCCUUUGAUUUCUUCUCCUCCACCUCCUCAACCAUGGUGGUACACACCAUCACCACCACCUCCUGAUCCUAUACCAUGGUAUAAUACAGCUCCACCACCGCCACCUCCGGAGCCUGUACCAUGGUAUAUUACUGCUCCACCACCGCCACCUCCAGAGCCUAUACCAUGGUAUAUUACAGCUCCACCACCGCCUCAGCCUUAG